CAGUGUGUUGCUGUUAUCCGCUGCCUCCCUCCUCCCCUCCCCCUUUUUCUCAGUCUUCGUCACCCACCUCUUUUUCUCUCAGUCUCCGUCAUCCCUACACCUCCAGUCUGCUUCUGUUGUCUCGGCGGAUUGUUGGGCUGUCGGAGAGAGAAGGGAUAUCGCGAGUAUUGGAGUUUUGGUGAGAGUUUGUGGAAGAUGGCGCCUGUUGUGACAGGGAAGUUUGGGGAGCGCCCUCAGCCACAGCGCCUGACAAGAGAAGCGAUGAGGAACUACCUAAAGGAGCGAGGUGACCAAACCGUCAUGAUCCUGCACGCAAAAGUUGCACAGAAAUCCUACGGCAAUGAGAAAAGGUUCUUCUGCCCUCCUCCCUGCGUGUACCUGAUGGGCAGCGGCUGGAAGAAAAAGAAGGAGCAGAUGGAAAGAGACGGCUGCUCCGAGCACGAGUCGCAGCCUUGUGCCUUCAUCGGCAUCGGUAACAGCGACCAAGAAAUGCAACAGCUCAACCUAGAGGGAAAGAAUUAUUGCACAGCCAAAACCUUGUACAUAUCCGACUCCGACAAGAGAAAGCACUUCAUGUUGUCCGUCAAGAUGUUCUACGGCAACAGCGCAGACAUCGGCGUCUUCCUCAGCAAGAGGAUCAAAGUCAUCUCCAAGCCCUCCAAAAAGAAGCAGUCCCUGAAAAAUGCAGACUUGUGCAUCGCAUCAGGGACCAAGGUGGCGCUGUUCAACCGACUCCGCUCCCAAACGGUCAGCACACGCUACCUACACGUGGAGGGGGGCAACUUCCACGCCAGUUCCCAGCAGUGGGGCGCUUUCUACAUCCACCUGUUGGAUGAUGAGGAGUCGGAAGGAGAGGAGUUCACUGUGAGAGACGGUUACAUCCACUACGGCCAGACGGUCAAGCUGGUGUGCUCGGUCACCGGCAUGGCGCUGCCCAGACUGAUCAUCCGAAAAGUCGACAAGCAGACGGCGCUGCUGGACGCCGACGACCCAGUUUCCCAGCUGCACAAGUGUGCCUUCUACCUGAAGGACACGGAGCGCAUGUACCUGUGCCUUUCCCAAGAAAGGAUCAUCCAGUUUCAAGCCACUCCAUGCCCAAAGGAACCAAACAAGGAGAUGAUCAACGACGGCGCCUCCUGGACAAUCAUCAGCACGGACAAGGCCGAGUACACUUUCUAUGAGGGCAUGGGCCCUGUCCAUUCACCCGUCACCCCUGUGCCUGUGGUAGAGAGCUUGCAGCUGAACGGUGGGGGGGACGUUGCCAUGCUGGAGCUGACGGGACAGAACUUUACACCAAAUCUGCGGGUUUGGUUCGGAGAUGUGGAGGCUGAAACGAUGUACCGGUGUGCAGAGAGCAUGCUGUGCGUAGUGCCAGACAUCUCCGCCUUCCGCGAGGGCUGGCGCUGGGUGCGGCAGCCCGUCCAGGUUCCCGUCACCCUGGUGAGGAACGACGGCAUCAUCUACUCCACAACGCUGACCUUCACCUACACGCCCGAGCCUGGCCCGAGGCCGCACUGCAGCGCCGCCGGCGCCAUCCUGCGGGCCGGGAGCUCCAGCCUGCACAGCAACAGCGGCCAGGAGGCCGCCUCCAGCGUCUACGGCCCCAACAGCACCCCCGGCGCCGGGGUCACGUCCUCGUCCUCCACCGCCGCAGCCGUCGUGUCCUAACGCACACACAGUACGCCUUGAGAGCAAACAUACCUUUGGGUAUAUAAAAACUAUAGGAAAUAAACCCAAACUGACUCAUUGUAGAGUGCUGCGUGUUAAUCUGGGAUACAAACAAAAAAGGAGCAAACUGAAGGAGUGACAUCACAGAGGUGUCAGCCAAUGGGAAUAAGCAGAAGAGCUGCAUCUCCUGUGGUUACUUAAGGGACCUGCCUAUUUAAUCCUGGUGUUUGGAAUAAGUGAAGUUCCUGCAGGCUCAGAGCACCAGCACCUUCCUUCAGCUGUGAGAAACAACAACAACAAUACAUCCACUCUGUACACAACAACAACAACAACCUGAACGGAUAAAUCUAUUGUCAACCUGCUUCCCCGUCACUUUUUCUCUAAUAACCCCUCCUGUUCCUGCCGGGAUUCACACUGAUUAACUCCUGUAAGCUCAGCUGGAUGUAUUGUUGUUGCAGGAUGCAGAGGGACACACAUAAAACGUGACGAUAACAUAGUUUUUAUGGACCAAGGAUCUUGUAUAAGCUUUAGUAAAGGUACAUUUUUCUCCAUACCUUUUUUUGUAUUAAACAUAUAGUACACUUUUGUUACCAAAUAGUUUCUAUUCUUGCUCUGAGCUUUGGACUUUGUUUUCCCUCCCUGUCUGAGGUCCAAACUCCAAACCUGUAUGUUAAUGUGACCUUACAACAAACGCCUGCUUCUCAGUCUUUGGAUUGAUUUUUAUUUUUUUUUUAUUUUUCAUCUACUGGGGAAAAAAAAGAAAUCUGAAGUCUGGGUUUGUUUAUUCACAUAAGCGAAGGUUGUUUUUAUUACGUUUUUGUUUUUAUCGGGGGACGACCUCAGAGGGGCCUAUAUUUUUUAUCCUUUUGGUUUUUAUGAAGUCUUUAAAAAGAAAAAGCUUUAAGCAACGCCUUUGCCUUGCCUGCAAUACUCCGCGUCUCCUGGAACGUAAACGCAUCAGUACAUCUCACAUGGAGCCAUAGCCACAUCUGCAGAAAAUGUGGGAGGGGGGGAACAAAAAAACUUCUUUGGUUACAAAACAAGUCAAACUUAUGUAAUAAGCGUUAGUAAGCCUUAGUACUGUAUAUUCUUACUGUACACACAGUCAGACCAGUCACAUAUCUAAUAUCUGUUGCUCACUGCUCGUGUACCGGCACCCGGCGAGGUGUCUUCCAGCGCGUGCUCUACUUAUAUCUGGUAGUUUUGCAAAAAGAAGAAGAAAAGAGAAACUCAAAACGAUGGACACUUUUUCAAUUUGAUGUGGCCUUACUGCAAAAAGAUGAAGAAGGAAAAAAAAAAAGUCACCUUUUUCUUAUCUGCUGUUUACUCACCUUGGAAGAACCUGUGCAUAGCACAAACUAAUGCCUCGCUUCUUCUCACAGGAGCUCUGCUGUCUUGGAGCUCAUCGCUGCGGCUUCACCCUCCCUGCAAAAGCAGCCUUCUUCUUCUUCUUCUUCUUCUUCUUCUUCUUCUGAAGCCUUUGUUUUCAGUGUGCAAAUACAGAAAGCCAUGCUCCUGUGUCUUUGUUUUAAUGUUGUUGUUCUGCUGCCACAGUUGAUACAGUGUCUCCCGAAGUAGGCAUGGGCGGGUAUGAUCGUCUCGAGGAAAAAUAUCACGGCAAAAAUGUCCGACAUGAUUCUGUUGCUCCCAUUUAAAACUGAAAACUGCUGCUAAAAUAACGAGUCUUAUUAAUUGGUACCGUUAUGUCGAUGUCUGUAGCUCUGGAGAACCACUGCAAAUCUUUUUCUCAUUUCUGCAGCUCUGCAUAGUUUCUGUUCAGUUCUACUUUAUAAGGUACACAACAUUGGUGUGAAAACUGAUGAAGAGCACAUGUCAGAUGCCUAAAAAUUAGGGGUUUUAUCCCACCAAAUACUGAUACUAAUUCCAAUAUUGUUUUGUUUGAAAAUGAACAUGAAAUUCUUAACUUUUUUUCUUUCCCUAGUCUGAAAAUGCUACAUUUUUAUGUUAUUUUCACCAUUUGAUGUAUGUAAACGCUCAAACUGACAAUAUUUUUAUUUAAAAUUUGACAGAAAUUUGGUCUGUAGAUGAGAGAAUGAAACAGAAAUGUUAAUUUUACACAUUACCUUUAUAGGUAAGCCCAAAUUCAGUCUAUAUUUACAUUUUAACAUUUAAAUUAUUUAUACCCGUUCUAAUGCUGCCAUUACAACGAUCAAGCCCUUCUUAUAGUUGCUGAGCAGCUUUUGAAUGUUUUCACUGGUAUUUUCAUCUUUAUUUUUUUGGUGAUUAAGCUCCAAGUCUUUGAGGUUGGACAGCCUCCUUGCCAUCACCCUAAUCUUUAGCUCCAUCCACAGAUUCUCUAUCAGAUUCAAGGCUAAACUCAGGCUGGGCCGCUCCAAAAUGUUAGUAUUAAUUCCACUCAGAAGAAACAUGUUGGCAAUGUUAAAAGAUUACUUACCUAAACAUACCAGGGGUAUGAAUAAUUCUGAGCUUAGGUUUAGGUUGUAAAAUCUGAGAAAUAAUAUUUGCAGUGGUCUUUCUUUUUCCUGAGCUGGGCAGCAUUCUUUCAUUUCGAGUUUCUUGCAUAGAGCAAAAAUACAGAAAAUAAAUGGGUCAAAUUUAACAGUCGUUUCCCAAUGCUUCAAAGAGCAUCAGGCCUUUCUGGUCUACAUGGAGUAAAACAAGAUAGAUAAGUCUGCAGACAUGCCGCUCGUAGCUCGCUAACCGCAUUUCAUUCGCUCUUUUAUUUUCCACCUCUUGAAUGUCCCAUUUUUCAGCAAGCAGACAUUUUUCCCAAGUAGCUAAACGUCUCUUUGUUGUGAGGAAAAACUAAAAUAGCCUUUCAGCCAGCUGACUGUCAGUGUGCAGCAGCAGGUGGGGGAGGGGGUUGGUGUGUUACUCCAUGCUCCGGCACGUUCUCUAGCAUAUUACUGAAGGAUUUGACUGUCGGAACAGUUCGACAGGAAAUUUAGGCGAAUUUCAAACAUUUUAAAAUCAUUUUAUCAGAACUCGACCCAUGCCUACUUCGUGAGUGCUGUAUGCUCCUCUCAGCCUUCUGUUGUGUCUAAAUUAUCCUGCGGUCCAUCGCGUCGGCGAUAACCGCCUCCUGUGGGAGCAUAAAAAGGCCUUUCUAAAUGUGUAUUUAAAAAUAAAAUGUGCAUUUCCGAACAUGACAGCAAUAUUGUACAGGUCAUUUCAUUGUCGUGUUUUUAUGUUCUCGUUCGCCUGAGCACUAGUUCACCAGCCAGCAAAUUCCUUAAAACGUGCGAGUGUGUCGCAUAUCGCCGCUGUAACCGAAUACUGAGUCGGACUUGCUCCAUUUCAGAAAAAAACUACACAAAAAAAAAAAAAAAGACAUUGAGCUUCUGUCUUCCACCCAGAUCCAAAACGUCUAGCUGUGGGGAGACAUUCAAAGGCAAUACAAAACAAGAACGACACUGUAACUUGAACGUCUGCUCCAGGAAGUAUUUCACAAUUUUGUUACACCUUGAAACAGGAACAGAAAAGGAUUCGUUGACCCCCGACCCCCUCCCGUUUUAAUGUAAAAAAUACAAAACAGAAAAUAAACGAAGAUUUAAGUUAUGCCCCGUUCUUGUCCAUCAUGUUUGUUGUUGAUGUAAAAUGUUUUAUAUUGUAAUAUUGAUAUUUUUUAAAUUAUUGGUACAAAGUCUCCCCUUGUCUUGCGUCAAAUUUUCGAGGAAAAAUAAAAGUGCAUUAUUGCCCGUGCUGCCUCUAAAGUUUCCCUUAAAGUGAUGGAGGACUUUAAAAUAAAAUAAAAAGGUGCUGCAGGAGCUGUGUAGCAUCCAAACCGAGCAGCGGCGGCGCUUCCCUUUACUCUGCAGGAAGGAGGUCACCAAAUCUUAAAUGUAGAUUUAGUUUUUUUGUUUUCGAUCUUCCUCCGUCUCCUCAAACUAAAUGUUUGUGUACGUCUUGCCUCCUCUAAGCAAACUGCGCCAUUUCGUCCUGAGCAGCUUUCAGAUUCGUUUAAAGAAUAAAAAUGGCGGCGUGUGCUCUUCAGACACCGCCUUCGACAAUCGGAGCUGGUUUACAGAUUAAUUUUUUUUUUUAUUUGUCAGAAUGUGCAGAUGCAAAAAAAAAGGGGGGAAAUAUACUGUUGAAAAGAAUAAGAUGUUACAUGCCUUCUGGAUGUGCACGUUGUGGUGAUAUUUACCUUCAUAAGAGGGAAAACAGUCUCUCUCUAGCUUUAGCUUUCAUGGUUUUUGUUUCUCCGUGCGUCUUCGUCGUGUUUUUAUUUUAUUUUUAUUUUUUUUUACAUUUCCAAAAACACAAAACGAAAAGAAAAAGCAGCUGUUCUUUGUGUGGGUGUGUUUUUAUGAGCUCUGAACAAUGUAUGUAUCUUCUUAAUAUGCCAAAUGUCUUUUUUAUAAUGUAGUUUUCAUGCACUGCUAAACAAAAACAGGGCAGAGUGAGAGGCAGCUUUAAACGAAUAAAAAGGAGUGUGGAGCCCUUUCUCUGUCGCACUCAGCCUUACUUUUCCUUUUAGACUAUUUGGCUGUUUGCACUACAGAGCGCUAAACUUUCUAUUUCUUCUCACACAUUUCAUCCACAUGGUUUUAUCUUUUUUUAAAUAUUUGUUUUCAUUGUGCAUUUUGAAGAUUUCUCACCUUUCUUUUGUUGAUGCUUAGCCUCGCUACAUCUGUAUCACCUUCAUCUCCUUCCUCUUCUUCAUCUCCAGCUAUUCUCAAUCUUAUCUGUGUAUUAUUCUAGUAAAAUGGUAAGCAGAGGUGUCAUGUGGUAGUAUCCUCAGUGCUCAAAGGGUUGCUGAUGGUAGAAACCUGUGCCGUUUGUAACAUUUAGCAAUAACGUCAAAACAAAGGGGACGUUUGUUUUUUUUUUGUUUUUUUAAUAACAUAUGUUAGUUUGUUUUUGUACAUAUUGCAGCUCCAGAUCAUGCUCAAAAUUGUAUGUCAUUAAAAGAAGAAAAAAAAAAAACAAGAAAAAACUUGCAAUAUUGGAAUAAAAUGAGAUUUUAAAAAGUGA